AUGUACACGACACGCAUCCUCCCCGUGCCGGACCCUGACUCGUUGGGCCGGUUUCGGCCUCUUCCCACAUCCGCCACACCGGCCUCGUCACCGCAGCCUCCAGCGUCGUCUCUCGACCAUUGGGAAGCAGCCGAAUCGGCCCCUGGAUUGGACGCUCUUGUCACAGCGGCAGACCAUAUUCGCAACACUGACAUUCCCGUCGGCUUUCCGACAGAGACGGUGUACGGGCUGGGUGCCGACGCUACGCGCAGUGGCGCCGUCCGUGGCAUCUACUCGGUCAAGGGCCGGCCCUCAGACAAUCCGCUGAUUGUGCACGUGUGCGACUUGGACAUGCUGCGCGGUCUUUUGGGUCGGGAUGCGAGUGGCAAUGACAGGGACCUGCCCCGCGUGUACCGCCCCCUGGUCCAGCGUUACUGGCCGGGCCCGUUGACGAUCCUGCUGCCGGUCCCGUCGGCGGCGGAUGCGCCCAAGUGGACGCUGGCACCCGAGGUGACGACAGGCCUGCCGACGUUUGGUGCCCGGCUGCCCGCCUCGCCGCUGACGCGCACGCUUAUACGGCUGGUUGACGCACCGCUCGCCGGGCCCUCGGCCAACGCCUCGACACGGCCGUCCCCCACGACGGCACAGCACGUAGUCGAUGACCUCAGCGGGCGCAUCGAGGUGGUCUUGGACGGCGGGGCGUGCGGCGUCGGUGUCGAGAGCACGGUCGUCGACGGACUGUGCGACCCGCCCGUGAUCCUGCGCCCGGGCGGCCUGAGUUUGGCCGAGCUGCGGUCGGUUCCCGGAUGGGAGCGAGUUGAGCGGGCGUAUCAUGACGUGGCCGAGGGCGGGAACCAUGUGGCGAGCACCGGCGCGAAGCAGCAGCAACAACACAACAAACAAGAGGACGCGGCGCUGAAGCCGCGUGCACCGGGCAUGAAGUACAAGCAUUAUAGCCCCAAGGCGCGUGUUGUAUUGUACGAGGGCUGGCGGACGGCCGGACGGCCGGCUCGCUUGCAGGCCGACCUCGUGGCGGACAUCCAGAGCGCGGGGCAGCAGGCAGGCGUGGUGGGCGUCAUCCGCACGAGCACGUGGCCUGCUUUGGAAGGCCUUGAGAAGCGCGCGGGGAACGGUAGUGGCAGCAAGUCCCAUGGGACAAGAAGUGUCAGCACCGGCAACGGCGCAGUGACCUACGAUCUGGAGGAGUAUGCCCUGCCCACUGGGACUGCUGUUCUCGAGCUCAACCUUGGUCGCGACCUGUCGAGUAUUGCGCACGGCCUUUUCUCGGCACUGCGUGACCUGGAUGCACGGGGGACUGACAUCAUCCUCGUCGAGGGCAUCGACGACCGCGGGGACGACAUGGCUGUGGCGGUCAUGAACCGGCUGCGCAAAGCGGCAUCGGAAGUGCGAUAG